AGUGACGUAUCAAAGUUACUGCGCAUGCGUGCCAACUAACAACACGUGAAGCAGACAGCAUGGCAGAGGAGAACAGAGUUGUGCUGGACCGGGCGCAGGUUAAAAAGGCGGUUCAAGCCUUGCAGGCUUUCCUCAAAUCAAAGUCCACAUCCGAAGCUCUGUUCCUGAACGAGGCUCAGCAGAUCAGCCUGCUCUUCACCUUCUGGAAGGUCCCCAAAGAGGCUCAGACCAUCCGCAUUCCCCUGCCUCAUGGCCAGCGAUCAGACACAGAAGAGGUCUGCCUUUUCACCAGAGAUGAGCCCAACAUGACAGCAGAGCAGACACAAAGGUUUUAUAAGAAGCUGCUGGAGAUGAAGGGAGUCAAAAACGUCUCGGAGAUCAUCCCCUACAAGCUUUUGAGGACGGAGUACAAACCAUAUGAAGCAAAGCGACGUUUGCUGGGGAACUUUGACAUGUUCCUCGCUGAUGGACGCAUCCGUCGCCUGCUGCCAUCCCACCUUGGAAAGCAUUUUUACGAGAGGAAAAAAGAGCCUUUGAGUGUGGACCUGCAGAGCAAACAGCUGGCCAGAGACAUGCAGAGAGUCAUCCAAGGCACCAGCUUGAAGGUUACCAACAAAGGUUGCUGCUGCAUGGCACGUGUCGCCCACUCCGACAUGUCUGCAGACGAGGUGACAGAAAAUAUUGAGGCUGCUGUUCAGACUGUGGUGGAAAAACUACGGAUGAAAGGGCAGAUGAUGAAGCUCAUCCAUUUAAAGAGUCAAACGUCAGUGGCCCUGCCUAUUUACACCUCAGACCUGAGCCACGUUGAGAUGCUGAAGAAGACAGAAAAACCUGCAGAGACUCCCAAGAAGGAGGAAGCAAAAAAGGUAAAGAAGAACAAGACGGAUGGCAUUAAACGAACAGAUUCCGCUGUAGAAGAAGAGAAAAAAAAGGAAGAUGAGGAUGAGGAAGAAAUCCCACAACUGGUUCCCAUAGUAACGCCUAGCAAAAAGCCUAAGCUGGAGAAGCCUUCCAAGAAGAAGAAGCAGCUGGAGAAAGCACCCAAACCUGCUGCAGCAAAGAAAGGACAAAAAGCACCAACAAAGCUGACCAAGAAGGCUGGCAAGACUGACGCUAAAGUCAAAAGAAAAGUGCCAAAAGUGAAAUGAUUUUCAAUGGAGAGUCUUUGUGCUUGACCAUCUCAACAUGGACAAUUUCAGUAGUUCAUAAAAUCAGACUGUUCACAGAAUUCUCUAUGUAUUUAGCUGUAUGUGUGUAUCUUUGUGUAUGAAUGAAACGGAUUAUAAACUUUAUCUGACA